AUGGGAGGCAAGCUCCUCGUGGCGCCGGCCAACCUGGACCUGCCCAACUUGCGAAUUCUAGAUUCAGGGACGGCGCAGGCAAACUGGCUGCUCGACCUGGCAGCCGUCGUGCCCGACACGGCGCGGCUGGUCGGGACAGACAUUGCGACGGGACAAUUCCCCCCGGAAGCACAGCGGCCGAGCAACAUGACACUGCAGACGCAGUCCAUUUUCGAGCCGUGGGACACGACCAUGGUGGGCAGCUUCGACAUUGUCCACCAGCGCUUUGUGCUCGCAGCCUGCCGCAGCGACGAGCAGGCACAGCGGGCCGUCGCCAGUCUCGUGACGCUCGCCAAGCCAGGCGGCUGGAUCGAGCUGCACGAGGGAAACAUGCUCAGCAUCCAGGAGGGCGAGGCGCACAAGGCCAUGAUGCGCUUUCGGGACAUCGCCGUGGCCGCGUGGGCCAGCAUCGGCCAGCUGCCCGAUCCCGGCGUCCGACUAGCCGGCUGGCUGCGGGGCGCGGGGGCCACGCAGGUGCACGCGCUAGUCCAGACGGUGUCCAUCGGGGCGGCGGCCAGCAAUGCGCUCGAGGCAGAGUGGUCCACCGAGCUGUGCCUCAACAUGCUUCGCACCAUGAAGCGCAUGACGGCAGGAAAAGCCGACUUUCCGGACGAGCGCGAGUUUGACAGGCUGGAGGAGGAGCUGCGUGAUGAGCUGCAGCGGGUGGGGAACCAGUGGUGCUACUACUUGGCGUACGGGAGGAGGGCCGGAGCCGAGAUGGGGGCGGGGGAGGAGGAAAUUUAA